CAGGUUACUCGGUGGGAGAGAUUGUAUGACACCACUAUUCGUGUGGUGGAAGAUAUUCGAUUUGUUAUGAGCCAUAAUAUUGUGCCCAAAUUUGUAACCCAUGAUCAGAGAGAUAUCUUGAGAACUUGGAUGAGGCUUCUGUCUUUUUUGCAAGGAAUGAGUCCACUAAAGAGAGAACAUGGCCAACAUGUAGAGGAAGAAAAUGAUAAUAUUAAUUUACUUUUUGUUUUAGAUCAUUCUAUUGCCAAUAUUCAUUCUCUUUUGGUGGAUGGAGCUUUUUCUACUAGUGAAGAGACAUAUGAUACUUUUCCUUACAUGAAUAAACAAGAUAUGGAUGAGGAAGAUAGUGGCAGACAUACAAAAGUAGGACGACUGUCUCAGGAAAGCUCAGUGCCCGGUGUUUCAGAACGGAGUGCUUCGUCUGCGAUACAAUUUACUGAAGUUAAAGCAGAUCCCUUUUCUCACCGUUUAAUUCCUUCAUCUGUUAUAUGGUUAAUAUAUGAGUGCUUGAGAGCCAUUGAGAAUUGGCUGGGAGCUGAUGGGUCUCUAUCAUCUUCAAAUACUACCAGCACUUCCAGCAAAAACUUUUUAGCAUUGAGAAAAACUUUAUCUAAGAUUAGAAAGGGAAAAUAUAUAUUUGGUGGGUUUACUGGUUCAAUUGAAGAUCAAACUAAGCAGUCUUUUACUGGUUUAAGCAUGAUUAUGGACUCUGAGAAUGCUAAAAGUAUAGGGCAGGAUUGCAAAAUGGUUUCCGGUGACAUUGAAACUGUCAAUCCUGAUGAGAUUUUGAUGGAAGCAGACAGUUAUACAGAAUUGGACACCUCAAGUAUUUUGAGUUCGCCCAAUUGGCCAAAUAUAAUUUAUGAUGUUAGUUCACAGGAUGUAUCUGUUCACAUUCCUUUACAUCGGUUACUUUCCUUGCUUUUACAAAAAACACUAAGACAAUGUUAUGGUGAUUCUGAUGUUCUUAAUACUACAGCUAAUGUAAGCCCUUCGACUUCAUUAUCUUCAUGUGAUGAUUUCUUUCGUCAUGUCCUUGGUAAUUGUCACCCAUAUGGAUUUUCUGCAUUUGUUAUGGAGCAUCCUUUACGUAAUAGGGUGUUUUGUGCUGAGGUCCAUGCUGGAAUGUGGAGGAGGAAUGGUGAUGCUGCCAUUUUAUCUUCUGAAUGGUACCGUUCAGCACGUUGGGCUGAACAAGGUUUAGAACUUGAUCUUUUUCUUCUGCAGUGCUGUGCUGCAUUGGCUCCAGCUGAACUUUUUGUUAAUAGAAUUGUAGAACGAUUUGGGCUAUCAGACUACCUUUCCUUGAACCCUGAGAGAUCCAGCGAGUAUGAACCAGUUUUGGUGCAGGAAAUGCUCACGCUUAUUAUACAAGUUGUACAAGAAAGGCGAUUUUCUGGGCUAACUCCUGCUGAAAAUUUGAAGAGAGAAUUAGUUCAUAAGUUGGCCAUUGGAGAUGCUACUCGUAGUCAGUUGGUGAAAUCUUUGCCUAGUGAUCUCUCUAAGUGUGAACAGCUUCAGGAAAUUUUGGAUUUAGUUGCUGUAUACUCUAAUCCAUCUGGCUUUAAUCAGGGAAUGUAUUCUUUGCGCUGGACAUUUUGGAAAGAGCUGGAUCUGUACCACCCGCGUUGGAACUCACGGGAAUUGCAAGUUGCUGAAGAAAGAUACUUGCGCUACUGUAGUGUGUCAGCAUUAACCACUCAGCUGCCCAGGUGGACAAAGAUUCAUCCUCCUCUCAAGGGUGUAGCUAAAAUAGCCACCUGUAAAGUGGUUCUAAGAAUAAUACGAGCUGUGCUUUUUUAUGCUGUUUUCUCUGAUAAAGUAACUGAAACGCGUGCUCCUGAUGAUGUUCUUAUAAUGGCAUUGCACCUGCUCUCGUUGGGCUUAGAUAUUUGUUUUCAGCGAAGAGAACGUAUGGACAUGUCACCUUUAACUGGAGGUUCUAUUCCUUUGCUUGCUUUUGCCUGUGAAGAAAUUCGUGAGGGAUUGAAUUACGGUGCUGGUAAUCAGAGCUUGUUGUCACUUCUUGUCUCAUUGAUGAGGAUGCACAAGAGAGAGAAUUUGGAUGUCUUUUUAGAAGCAGACAGUUGUAACCUUUCUUCUUUGAUUGAAAGCUUAUUGAAGAAGUUUGCAGAAUUAGAUUCAAGUUGCAUGAUUAAACUGCAACAACUUGCACCUGAAGUGGUCAUUUAUUUAUCACAAUCAAUUUCUACUAGUGCUUUUCAAUCUCUGGGAUCAGCAUCUGAUAGUGAAAAACGCAAGGCCAAAGCUCGAGAAAGACAGGCUGCUGUAUUGGCAAAGAUGAAAGCUGAACAGUCCAAGUUUUUGUCCAGCUUUAAUUCCAAUAAUGAUGAUGGCGACGAUGACGAUGAUGAUUCAAAAUCUGGACUAGAAGAAAGCAACAUGGAUAAUAGACGGGAUUUGAUAGAGUCUGCAAAAGAUGUUUGUUCCCUAUGCCAUGAUCUUAAAUCGAGAAAUCCUGUGUCCUUCUUGAUUCUUCUUCAGAAAUCAAGGGUUUUAAGCUUAAUUGACAGAGGUCCCCCCUCUUGGGAUCAAGUUCGGCAGUCUGAUAAGGAGCAAGUCUCUCAAAUUAUAAACAAGGUCACUGAUCAAGCUGGAAUAAACUCUUCUUCGAGUGUGAUUUCAUCUAAUCAGUUGGCACAAUUGGUCCAAAAUGCAGUCGAUGAAUUAGCUGGUUAUGCUCAACCUGGGGAAAUAAGCAAUUUUCUAGAAUUUAUCAAAGGCCAGUUUACAUCAUUGAGGAACACUCAAGUGCCUAGUUUGUUGAAGAAUGGGAAUGAUAGAACUGCAUAUACCUUUGAGACGUUGGAACAAGAUAUGUACAUGUCCAUUCGGAAAGAAAUGAAUGAUAAUAUUGUACUUUCCAGUUCUGGAGUAAAGAAUGUAGAACUUUUGGCAGAUGAAAGUGGUAUGAAAAGCAGGAGGAGUGCGGAUUCUGUAUUGCUUGGAAAAUACAUUGCUGCCUUUUCAAAAGAGAUAAUUGAGCAUCCUUCAUCUUCUGGAAAUGCUCUUGAUGACAUUGCAAUGGCAGAAUCUACUUCCCAGGUUUUUGCAUAUGAUGGAUUUGGCCCAGUUGACUGUGAUGGUGUUUACCUGUCCUCCUGUGGUCAUGCUGUUCAUCAAGAUUGCCUGGAUCGAUAUUUAUCAUCAUUGAAGGAAAGACAUGUAAGGAGAAUUGUUUUUGAAGGAGGACACAUUGUUGACCCAGAUCAGGGUGAAUUUCUCUGCCCUGUAUGCCGUCGGCUGGCCAAUUCUGUCCUGCCUUCAUUGCCUGGCAAUGUCCAGACGGUUUGGAGGGAACCUAUAAUUUCAAAUGCUAGCCCAACAAAUGCUGCAGUAUUAGCUACAUCAAGUGAGGAAAGUACUUCUCUUUUGCUUAACCAAGGCUUGUCUCUCUUGCGAUCUGCUGCAUUCUUAGUUGAAAAGGGAGACAUAUGGAGAAAUUUUCCCCUGCAAAGAAAUGAAAGAAUGAAGCAAAAUCUUGAUUCAAUCUCUCGUGUGCUCUUCAAAAUGUAUUUCCCAAAUCAACAGGAUAAGUUCUCAAAGUCCACAAGGGUAAACCAUUGCAUGAUCAUGUGGGACACACUUAAAUAUUCCCUUAAAUCUGUGGAGAUUGCUGCACGGUGUGGCAGGACUCAUGUGAAACCAACAUAUGGUCUUAAUGCCUUGUAUAAGGAACUUAAAUCUUCCACUGGUUUUAUACUAUCAUUGUUGCUAAGGAUUGUGCAUAAUUUGAGAAGUCAGACCUCUCUUCAUGUCCUUCAAAGAUUUAGGGGUACUCAGCUCUUUGCAGAGUCCAUAUGUUCUGGAGUUUCAAUGGACCACGCUGGUAUUGCUUUUGGACAGGGAGGUGAAAUGUCUUCCCUUUUGAAACAUGUAGAAAAAGAAGUACCAUAUCCUGACAUGCAAUUCUGGAAUCGAGCAUCUGAUCCCAUCCUCACUCAUGAUGCUUUUUCAUCAUUGAUGUGGGUGCUAUUUUGUCUUCCACAUCCAUUUUUAUCAUGUGAGGAAUCUUUGUUAUCGCUCAUGCAUAUCUUCUAUAUAGUCUCUCUAGCUCAGGCUAUACUUACUUAUUGCGGCCAACAUCAACAUGAUACUAGGGAAUCAGGUUUACCUGAUUGUCUGAUUGCUGACAUCUCCAAAGUUGUGAAGGGAUCUGGAUGGAUCCGGCAAUAUUUUGUUUCGAACUAUGUUGAUCCUAGUUCUGAUGCUCUGGAUUCAAUUCGUAGAUUGAGCUUCCCUUACUUGAGGAGGUGUGCAUUGCUUUGGAAAUUGUUGAGUUCUUCUGCCUCAGAACCAUUCAGCUCUUCUGCACUGAAUAGAUCAUCCCAUGGCAUCGAUGAAUCCAUAGACUACAUGGAUGGUGAUAUAGUUGAACUCAAUGAAGUUCAGAAGCUGGAAAAGAUUUUCAAGAUUCCCCCAAUAGAUGCUAUUCUUAAGGAUCAAGCAGUGCGAUCUUUGGUUAUGAAAUGGUUACAUCACUUCCACAAGAAAUAUGAAGCCUUUAGAUUUCAACACAUUUUGCAUUGCACACCUGCGGUCCCGUUCAAAUUGAUGCAGCUCCCUCGUGUAUACCAGAAUCUACUUGAGAGGUAUAUAAAACAGCGUUGUGGUGACUGCAAGAAUGUUAUUGAGGAGCCUGCACUAUGCCUUUUGUGUGGUAGAUUGUGCUCACCAAAUUGGAAGCUCUGCUGCAGGGAAAAUGGAUGCCAAGCUCAUGCGAUGUCCUGUGGGGCGGGAACAGGUGUAUUUCUGUUGAUCAAGAGAACUACAAUUCUGCUACAGAGAUGUGCACGUCAGGCACCUUGGCCAUCCCCCUACUUGGAUGCAUUUGGUGAAGAGGACACUGAAAUGCAUAGAGGAAAGCCUCUGUACUUGAAUGAGGAGCGUUAUGCUGCUUUAACAUACAUGGUUGCUUCUCACGGCCUUGAUAGAAGUUCUAAAGUUCUUGGACAAACUACCAUGGGAUCUUUCUUCUCGGUCUAGUUUGGAAGACAUUCUUCGAGAUUGGUACUGAACGGGCUUUGCCAAAUGCCAAGAUGUUGGAAUUGUCCUAUCUUAUUGUUGGCUGAAUUUGUUGAGAAUCUUGGGUUGAGAUGCUGUUUAUAAGGAUGGACAAGCAGUACAUUAACUUCAGUAUUUUGGAUUCUUCUGCUGAUGAUCAAGAAAUGCCGAGUCUCAUAGUUAUGUUCCUUUCCUUGCUUCUAGCAAUGACAUUCUAUGGUUUUACAGUUACUGGAAGCCCCACCCCCCCAAGACCAUCUACAAUCAUGUUAACAAGACAAUGAAGUUCAUAUAUAUUAGGUGACCUGUUGCUUGAACUGUGCAGCUUUAUUUUAUUAUUUUUUUAAUCAAGCAGCAGAUAUAAAGCAAGUCCAUGUAAGGUUUUCCACAGCCCCUUUUUCUCUUUCUUCCCCUCCUCCUUGCCCGACCAAAACCUCUUUUCAAAUGCUCUUCUCUUUUAAUGGGAUUGUUUAGCUGGUAAAAGUUGAGCUAGUGGUACGAGAGCAUUGGUGCAGGACAAUUUCCAACUGCAUUACUACUGUAAAUGUUGUAUAUAUCUUAUAUUCUUCAUCAUUUCUGCAGCUUUUGUUGUUUUUCUUUAAAUGAAGACGAUGGAGCUCAAAAUUUGUAUCAGUUUCCUUCAUACCCAUUUGUUAUUAUUUCAAGUAGUAUAAUUGUCGCCACGUAAGGAUAUGUUGUAUGGUCUUUGGGUCGCUUACAUGAAUGAUGGUACAAAGAAACA